CUGCUUUCUUCAUCUCCCUCCCAUCUCCUUCUGCCGGGCGUUGCCCGUCUGACUAUAUAUACUCGGAUAAAAUCCUCUUGAACUCCCGCUUUUCUCUCAAACCCAUCUUGCUCACUCAGCCUCCUCGUCUGCGCCCACCUGUCUCUGCAACCAUGAGUGACUUGGAGAAAUGCAUGGAGAACCUCAUUGUCAUUUUCCACCGCUACGCCAAAGACGACGGCGAUGGCAGGACGCUAAGCAAAAAAGAACUGAAAAAACUAUUGGAGGUAGAGCUACCCACCUUCCUCAAGACUCAAAAGAACCCCAAAACAGUGGAUUGCAUCUUGCAGGACCUGGACCUGAACAAAGACGACAAGUUAGACUUUGAAGAGUUUCUCCCCCUGGUCGCGGGCCUCUCCUUGGCGUGUGAGAAGUGCUACGUGCUUCACCAAAAGAAGGGCAAACAAUAAAGGCAAUGGACACUUCAGUUCUGAGAGUCUGUAGUGUUACAUGAGUAUAAACCUUUGACUGAAUAUCACUUUGUCUGCAUGAUUACUCACACCAUGAAAGGAUGUUAUUGUCUUUGUAUUCUCCAUGAUUUGAACAUAUGGAAACAUUUUAGUCCAAAGAUGUCCACCCUGUUCUUCCUGUCUCUGAAAAAGUGUGAUUGAUAGGCAUGAAGUUGAUAAAUAGCAGGUGGCCCAAAAAAUUUUUGGUCGUACAAUCUUCUCACCCCUGUGUACUAAAGCCACAAAGCUAACAAAUGCUCAAACUAAUUGUACAUGUGAGUCAUGAAAAAAACUUUCACAGUUGAAUUAAAAUGUUAACGAGU